UACCAAAAAACACCCCGCACUUUCUGAGCCGAUUUGCGUCAUCAAAUCGCGCCAGAAAGUCACCCAGGAAAGUGUAAACAACAGGAGCAGCAGCAGCGUUUUUCUUGAACGACUUUGGUGGGUGUGGUUAUGAGCAGUCCCAUGGCUGUCUCCGCCGCCUCCACCUCUAAAGACCGUCCAGUUUCCAGGACCAGCUUCAUUCCAGAGCUACAGAGCAUGAUGUUUGCUCUGGGAGAUAGUCGCAGGCCUCUGCACGAGACAGCCGCUCUGGUGGAGGACAUUGUGCACACACAGCUCAUUACUAUGCUGCAUCAGGCGUGCGAGGGGGCGACUCUUCGUGGCUCAAGGGUCAUUUCAGCCGAGGACAUCCUGUUCUUGAUGAGGAGGGACAAGAUUAAAGUGGCGAGGUUAAUAAAAUAUCUUCAGUUUAGAGAUUAUAAAUCCAAACUACUCAAGACUGUAGAGGAUGAAGACGUGCAGCAAGAAACGGGUGGUGCUGGUGGCGCUGCCGGUGGUAACCAGCGGAGGCAGCGAUUGGCCCAGGAUUUUCUGGUGUGGAUGGAUCAGACGGGCGACCUCCUGUCAUUGGCUGAGCGGCAGGAAGUAGACCCCAUCAAACAAGAGCGGAUGGAGCGUUUAGAGCGUCAGACUCGAGCUAUGGACCAGGCUCAGUACGUGGAGUUCUGUGAGAGUCGACAGCUCAGCUUUGCUAAGAAAGCGUCAAAGUUUCGGGACUGGCUGGAUUGCAGCAGUUUAGAGCUGAAACCCAACAGCAUUGCAAUGGAGAUCCUGUCCUACCUGGCCUAUGAGACUGUUGCCCAGAUUGUGGAUUUGUCUCUGUUGGUAAAGCAGGAAAUGACUGCGAAGAGCAAUCCCAUCAGUCAUGUGAUCUCUGCCAGCUACAUCCACUACAACACUCAUGCUGAGGUAAAGAAAGAUCCAGACUCACCUGAAGCUACCCCCCCUUCCACUCCAGGCUCCUCCCAUUCCUCGAAGCCCCUCCUGCAGGGUAAUGGCAGUCUGGACGGCCGGGCGCGACAGAGGAAACGCAAAAAGAGCUCUCCGGCUACAGUGGAACCUCCCAGCGGAGCCAUCCUGCCCUGUCACAUCAGAGAGGCUAUUAGAAGAUACAACUACAGACACACGAGUUCAUGUUGGAGGAGUGGGAUGGCCUUCCUUGCCUGCUGAAGAUGCAACACAAUCUUACCUGCACUAAUUUUUUUGUUCUAUUGUUUUAAUAAAGACUUUUCAGUAA